AAUCAACUUUUACGUUUUACAUAAAGCACCUACAUACCUGAACAGUCACCCGGGUCAGGUCUCUAGCGCAACAUAAGGAGGUAACUUCUCUAGUACUUAUAACCGCUAUUCGAACUCGACCGAGAGUACGACCGUCGUAGGAAGAAGUCAAACGACAGGUGUCUUUAGAAGAUCUCUUUUAGUUUGAUUUUUUUUUCUCGGUGUGUUUAUGGUGACGAUCAGUGGUUGGUUUUGAUUUUCGACUAUAUACGAUGAUACUUUUGGGAAUAUCUUUGUUUAUAUUAAGUGCUUUGUGACUUUUUUAAAGUGUACGAAGUUGACACUCACCUUAUGGGAUUAAUUUCUUGCAUCCAUUGAACUGUUUGCAAAGAGUUUUCGAAUGGCGUAUAUCUUCAGGAUAACGUAUAUAAUAUAUUUAUUAUUAUUCUUACCAAAGAUUCAAGCUCAAGGAUUAUGCGAAGUAGAAAAAGGGGCAACUAAUAUAAUUCUAGAUAUCGAGGAAAGUCGAGGUACUUCCAUUAGUCAAGAGACAAAUCCCAUAGUGUUACCAAUUUCGGGAGAACCAAAUGUAGAUAUAUUUUUGGAUUUGUCUUUCCCCAAAGGCCCCCCGUUAUUUUUUCUUAACGGGAAAAAGCUACAACUACUAUCGCCAUUAGACAGAGACGAAAACAAUCUUUCCCAUAUUGUGUUCCAGUUGAUAUGUACAGUUAAAUCGACGCAUAAAAAGAAGACUAUUCCUGUAAUCGUAAGACUGACUGAUAUUAAUGAUAACGCGCCUCAAUUCAUUAAUACGCCAUAUGAAACAACCAUAUCAGAGUUAACGCCAGUAGGUACAACAAUUUUCCAGAAUAUCGUGGCUAAGGACAAAGAUACAGGAAUAAAUGCACUAAUCGAUUAUUCCAUAGUGAAAGCUGAUUUCUUGCCACAAGAUGAUAGUAUAGGAGACAGACGUAUCCACAGCGAAGACGGUUAUGGAUAUUUCGCCAUAAAUUUGCCCCAUCAAGGUCAAGUGACUGUCAAUAAAACGUUGGAUUUUGAAAAAACUCAAAGAUAUUAUGUUACUGUUGUUGCAACUGAUCGAGCACGUGAUCCUUCUCAAAGACUUUCAUCCACGACAACUUUAACGGUGAAUAUAAAAGACGAUGACGAUCUACCGCCUUCGUUUAUUUACAAAAACUGCAUGCUGCUCGACGGAGCAUGCAUCAAUCCAGAAUAUAGCGCAUCGGUUUCUAGUGGUAUGUUACAGGGUGUUUUGAAUAUAUCACCCGAGAAAAUCCAAGCGGUAGACAUGGAUACAGUCAAUUCUUUGAUAAAAUAUUCUUUCGUCAGCGGUUCACCGGAAACGUACAGUGAUUAUUUCCGGAUCGAUGCUGAUACUGGACAAGUCCAUCAAAUUAAACCGGUAGAUACUUCGACUACGAAAAAAUUCAGUAUAAUAAUCAAGGCUCAAGAAGUUUCCGAAGCAAAAAGAUCGACGACCGCCAAACUAUUCAUUACAGUGAGACCAGUAGAUUCCCACCCACCGGAAAUUAUUUUAUCUUCUCAAGAAGGUUACGUAAAGGAGAACUCUCCCAUUGGAAAAGAAGUAUUAGAUAAUAACGGUCAGCCGAUAUUGAUAAGCGUAACGGACAAAGAUUUCGGACCAGAAGAUCCGAAACCGAGUUACACCUUCGAAAUGACAACACCGUAUUUCGCCAUCGAUAAAGAUAAUCAUUUGAUCGUCAACGAAAAUAAUUUAGACAGAGACCCGCCGAGUCCCGGAAAAUUCAAAUUCCAAAUAGUCGCUAGAGAGAAGAACGGCAUCGCCGCUAGUGCUCCGGUAUCGGUAACAGUUAAUCUUAUAGACGUUAACGAUAACCCUCCGAUGCUACCAAUCAUCCAACCGGUUUCAGUACCAGCCGGCGAAGGAAAAAGAAUAGUUACUACAAUUCAAGCCACUGAUAACGAUGAAGGCGAAAACGCUAUCGUUAGAUAUUCCAUUUAUCACGUUUCUAAUAACGGCAACAAUAAAUUCACCAUAAAUCCCAUGACGGGAGUGAUAGAAACAGUCGGUAAAUUAAACGCAGGCGAACAAUACAGUUUAACAGUUCAAGCGACCGAUUUAGGUGGAUUAUACAGUCAAGCUAUAGUCGAAGUAACCAUAAGUCCAGGUCCCAACACCCAACCACCGGUGUUUGAACAAUCUAGUUACGAUAUUGAAGUCAGCGAAGGCGCUACCAUAAACUCCACAAUAGCUACCAUAAUGGCUGUAGAUCCGGAAGGAGAUCCGGUGACGUAUUCCAUAGCUUCCGGUAACGAUCUAAGACAAUUCGCGAUCGGUUCGAAAAGUGGCGUCAUCACCGUAAUUAGACAACUGGAUCGCGAAGAUUUGAACACUUAUCAACUAGUUAUAAAAGCGGAAGACGCCGGAAAAUUGUUCAGUACGGUGCGUGUCAAUAUAAAAGUGACAGAUAUCAACGAUAAAAAUCCGGAAUUCGUCGGUGAUCCUUAUCGUUUUAAAGUUAAAGAAGGUCUGAAUAGAACGACCGUUGGGUUCGUACGCGCUACCGAUGCCGAUGAAGGUGCCAAUGCAAAAGUCACGUAUUUUAUUCCUAACGAUUUACCGUUUGAUAUCGACAACGAAACAGGAGAGAUAACCACCAAUAGGCCACUAGAUUACGAAAACCAAAAGGAAUACCAUUUUGUAGUUACCGCCAAAGAUGGAGCAACGGAUCCUAGAAUAGCAACAGCCACUGUUUCUAUAGAAGUUAUAGAUGUAGAAGAUGAACUGCCCGUUUUUAAGACUCCCCAAUACGAAGCUAACGUUCCCGAAAAUAUGCCUGACUAUUACGUCACUAAAGUCGAGGCCACCGAUCCUGAUACUGUUAAAAAAAUUACUUAUGUGAUACACCAAGGACCCACCGAUUUAUUUAGGAUAGAAGAAAAUACGGGGGCGGUUUAUACGACUAGAGGAUUGGAUUAUGAAAAAGACAACAAGCACGUUUUGAUUAUUGGUACUUUGGAAAAUAUGUCGAGCAGUAAUGGAAGUACAACAAAAGUUAUUAUACACGUCGAGGAUCGUAAUGACAUUCCUCCAGUAUUUACAAUAAUUCCCCAUCCGAUAACUUUAGAAGAUGACGCACCAAUCGGGACGGUCGUUAGUACUCUAGUCGCUACAGAUUCCGACGGAACCGCUCCUGGUAAUAAGGUUAGAUAUGAAUUAGUUGGACGAGGGAAAGCCGAAAAAUACUUCCAAAUAGAUCCAGACACCGGUGUACUACGCGUAACUAACGACUUGAAAAAAGAAAUAGAUACAGAAUAUCAGGUUGACGUAAGGGCUUUCGAUUUAGGUGAACCGCAACUUUCGUCCGUUAUAACCGUAGAUGUAUAUAUACAACAUGUGGCAACCGUGGCUCCAGAAGUGGGAUUGAGAUUUGCGGAUUCUUCUUAUAAUCUCCAGGUGCCGGAAAAUGCGACUGUCGGUUAUAAGAUCAAAACUCUUACUAUAGUUAACAGUAAGAUACACGGUGGAGGCAUUCCUUUGAAGUGUCAAAUAAUUUCGGGUAACAAAGAGAAUAAGUUUUACACGAACACUACCGAGGAUCGAAACUGCGCCCUCUAUCUAAACGACACUCUCGAUUACGAAACUCAAGAAUCUUACGACUUCGAAGUCGAAAUAAUGUCCUUGAAAGGUUUCAUUAACAAAGAAUACGCAAUUACUGAAAUAACAGUUAAUGUUGUUGACGUUAACGAUAAUAAACCUUUCUUCGUAUUCCCUACCUCCGGAGUCGAGAAAUACUACGCGGCUGUCUCGUAUUCUUCUCCAAUAUCGACGACGGUAACUCAAGUCAAAGCCGAUGAUAAAGAUAGUGGAAAAUAUGGUAAAAUAAGUUAUUCUUUGGCGGGAAACAACAGCGACGAAUUUUUCGUUAUCGAUUCAUCCACUGGCAUCAUUAAAACGAAGAAAUCAUUCGAGAACAUUGACGAAUCGAUUCUACCGAUCAGAAUCGAAGUUGUCGCUAGGGACAAUCCAAACUCUAGUACGGAUUUCUUCGAAAUUCGCGCUCCUCUGAUAAUUAACCUUAGAUCCCCUAGCAACAGGUUAGUUUUGGUGAUAGGCGACGCCAAACCUGAUGUAGUUCAAACGAAAAUCGACGAUAUAAUUGAAAUUCUUCAAGAAAAUUCGGGAUUAAUAGUCGGUAUUGAAAAACUCACUUCCAGGGAAUAUAUCGGAAGUAAUAAUACGUUAGAAAUCGAUAGUGCGGCUAGUGAUGUUUGGUUCUACGUCAUCGACCCCGAAACCGAUACAAUACUACCAACUAAUAGUUCAAUUGUUACAAAAUCCAUACGUGAUAAAACGGCGAUGGCGAACAUAACCUUCGAUAUUACCAGUCAAAUAAAACACACUGCAUUCAACAUACACGAACCUUUGAUGAUACAAAAACCAAAAAAUACGACAGUAGCCUCCUUCAACACAGAUAUUUUCCCAUACGGAUUGAUUGUUAUAGCUUGCAUCAUAUGCGUUUUAGGUUUUGUAGGAAUUGUUUACAUCUGCGUAUCGUGGUCGAGAUACAAAUCGUAUAAAAAGCAAAUUCAGCGACAAUAUACGGUACCUUCUAGUCCCACGCGAUAUGAUACAGUUUACGUAGAACCGAAUUUGAAGGAAUACGAAACGCAAGUUUUACAAAUGUGCGUCCCUGUAGACGAUCAAGAAGAUUUCAAUGAUCUUCAUUUGGAUUUCAGUAAUAAAAAUCAUACGUUCAGUCUGGAUAACGUAAGUUACAUUACUAAGGACAUCAACAUCAGGAAAUACGGUCAACAAAGUCCGGUUAGUAGCGAGUCGGCGACGACGGCGAGAGCCUCUAGCGUAGGCGACACUCACAUUCUCUCUAAAAACUUGGAUCAUUCCACUAGAAAUGAUCACACAUAUAGAUCUUCCGAUGAGGACGAAAUGAACGCCAGUCCGACGAACGAAAACGUGAUGUUUAGAGGGAAAAAAGACUAUUUAAAUAUGGGUUUUAGUUACGACCAUUCGCCCGUGGAAACUACCACCGAACUGUAAAUAAUAAUUACCUUGUAUAGUCGCGCGAUUAUAAUUUAUACUAUUGAGGUUAUAAUCGAAUUUGAUGUUUUACGAUAGAUAUUAAAAUAUAUUUAGUUUUAAUUGAA